CAACGCGUACAACCACCAAAAGAACGAGGCAUCUCACCACAGAGAGAGGGGGGGAGAGGGAAAAAAAAAGAGCACAGCUCAUCAGCCCAGACGCCGACGCCACCCAAGCUCUAGAACCUCCAAGCGCGGCGGACGCCGGCGGCGGCGGAGACCGGCCGAUGGGGUCCAACGAGGCGGACAAGCCGCUGCGGCGGAUCGGCGCGUCGUUCGAGCAGCUCGCGGCCAUCGCCAAGCAGCAGCAGCAGCCCGCGAUGGCGGCGGGGGACUUCUCCCGCGCCUGCUCCAACGUCUCCGUCCUCUUCGGCUGCCUCGGCAUCGCCUUCAAGUUCGCCGAGAUGGACUACGUCGCCAAGGUUAAUGAUCUACUGGAGGCAUCCAAGACGAUUUCGACAUUGCCCUCCAUGGUUGAGCUUGACAUUCAGAAGGGCACUGUUAGGCAGCCGGGGAGCCAUACGAGGAAUCUACUGAGGGUUAAGCGUGGGAUUGAUAUGGUGAAAGUUCUGUUUGAGCAGAUAUUGGUCACAGAAGGCAACUCCCUGAAGGACGCAGCGACAAAGGCUUAUGCUCAGGUGUUUGCUCCUCACCAUGGCUGGGCCAUAAGGAAAGCAGUUGGUGCUGGAAUGUACGCCCUACCUUCCAAGUCGCAGCUCCUGAAAAAACUGAAUGAAGAUGAAAAUUCGGCAAGGGCUCAAAUGCAGAGUUUCGUCAGGUCGUCCGGACAAGUGAUUCUCUACGUCGAAGACCUCUUCACCUCGAGUAAUUUAGGACUAGACUGGUGAGCAAAGCCUAUACAGACUUCCAAUGUACUAAUGCGAUCGGAUGGUGUGCCGUGCCCUCAAAUAACUGUAGCUGGUCUUGGUGUUUGAGUUUGAGAGUCCGGAGUUGUAACGAAAAUUCAAUAAGCCGUGCUGCCGUGGAGGUUCUGGAUGGGUGGAUACGGGAGCCAUUGUUACAAACCUGAAAUUCCAGCUUAUCUGUAAGCUGUUAAACUGAAAUGCUACCUGCAACGCAUGAUUCUGAGAA